UCAUAUACGAGUAUGAUAUCGUUUUGUCAGUACGAGUUUGGCAUUCAAACAAAAUGAUUGUUGAAAUAAUAAUAUUCUUACUGACAACACUUUUAGUUUAUUUCGUAUAUGUACAUAAGUGGAUACAUAAAUAUUUUGAUAAAAGAGACAUAAAAUACGUACCUGGUGUUCCGAUAUUCGGCAAUACUUUCAAAAGUACGUUUACGCUUAAACAUAUUGUUGAAGAUAUAGAUGCCGUGUACAAAGCCUUUCCGAAUGAAAAAUAUGUGGGAUACAUCGAGGCUACUACACCCAUUAUCAUGAUAAGAGACCCUGAAUUAAUCAAGACUAUAACAGUAAAGGAUUUCGAUCAUUUCGUCGACCACAGGGUGUUUUUUUCUGAACCACUGUUUGACAAUAGCUUAUUUAUGAUGAAAGGUGAGAGAUGGCACGACAUGCGAACUACACUGAGUCCAGCUUUCACUGGCUCCAAGAUGAGAAAGAUGAUGCCUUUUAUGACCGAUAUCAGCGCCAACAUCGUCGAAUACUUAAAAGACCACAUUAACGAGGAUAUCGAUGUCGAGGACCUGAUACGUCGUUACACCAACGACGUGAUAGCAUCAGCGGCUUUCGGUCUUCAAGUCAACUCAUUGAAGGAUAAAGAUAACGAAUUUUACAAAACUGGUCAAAAUUUAUUUAAUUUUAAUGUCUACCAACGAUUUCUUUUCUUUAUGUCGGCUACGUUUCCCAGCGUUACUAAGAAAUUGGGAAUAGAAAUAUUUCCCAAGGAGACAACGAAAUUCUUUAGGAACGUCGUAUCCAGCACUAUGGAACAUAGAGAGAAGAACAAAAUUGAGAGACCAGACAUGAUUCAACUUUUGAUGGAAGCUUCUAAAGGUUCAUUGAAAGUGGAAAGCGACGGAACCGACCAAGUGUCAAUCACUGAAGAAACCUUCAAACCAAAAUCUGUACAGAGAAAAUGGACUCAAAACGAAUUAGCUGGACAAGUGUUUAUUUUCUUUUUUGCCGGAUACGAAAGUUCCGCAAAUGCACUCGUCAUGUGCGUCCACGAACUAGCUCUCAACCCUGACGUUCAAGAGAAAUUGUACCAGGAAAUAAGAAAGUUUAAAGAGAAAUACGGAGAUUUAACCUAUGAAAAUAUAAACAAUCUUAAAUAUCUUGACUGCGUAUUGAAUGAAACAUCUAGAAAAUGGGCAGCCGCUAUAAUCAUGGACCGUGUGUGUAAUAAGCCCUACGAGCUACCCCCACCGAGAGAAGGUGCAAAGCCUGUUCAACUAAAACCAGGUGACAUUAUUUACAACGUAGUAAACUCAAUUCACAUGGAUCCCGCUCAUCACCCAGACCCAGAAAAAUUCAACCCGGACAGGUUCUCUGAUGAGAACAAACACAACAUCAAACCUUUCACUUACAUGCCGUUUGGGAUGGGACCUAGAAACUGUAUCGGUUCAAGAUUCGCCUUGCUCGAGCUGAAGGUUCUGGUGUACAAUCUCAUACUGAACUUCAAAAUUGUCAAAUGCUCAAAUACCACCGAUCCCAUUGAGCUGAAACCUAAAGGAUUUAAUAUUCAACCUAAAGGCGGAUCAUGGGUCCGAUUAGAACCUAGAGCCUGAAUUGAUUUCUUAUUAUCUUUAAUACUUCAAAAGAUACUUGCGAUAUAUUAAUAUUAUAUACAAAUAAUCUUUAUUGUUAGGGAUUGAAAACUUCAGUAUUCCUGCAUUUUAAACAAAUUUUUACUAAAAUCAUUUUGUCGUAAGGUAAUACUUAACUUUACUGUGAUUAUAUAUAAACCUCA